AUGCCCGACUCUGAGGACAAGGUUUUCGACAAACUGUUGACGGAAUGGGAGGAGUGGGACCGUGUCAUUCAGCUGGAGACUCUGAUUCAUAAUUGGGCUUCUCAGUGGGGUGGAAUAUAUAGCUGGACGGUUCAAUUGGAGCUGGCGUUUGAGGCAGUUUAUGCAGAAGGGGAACGAGUGUUGGAGACAUGGAGUCUACAGGUCUGGGAACAUGCUGAUGCAGGUCGAGACCUACUCGCCAAGAUGGACAAACUGGAUGGAGCACUCCCCACUAACCCUGAUGCGGUCAGGUUUCUUUGGAGGAAAUUCAGGGAGCUCCAUCAUGCACUGGAUUUUCAAUGUACAGCGGCCCGAGGACCAGCAAAGGCGUUAUCACCCCAGCGCAUAAUUUUUCCCCCUUUUCUACCCUGUACCUUGACCAUCAAUGCUGAAACUUCGAUGUCUGUAAUUGAAGUUCUGUUGGAGCAAGAAAUCAAGAAGAAAGUGCGCUUAACCCUCAAAGAGGAGGAGGAUGAAGACCUUACUUGCGGUGAUCCUCUUUGUCACGCCACCCAAUGCCUUGUGAAUGGACCAAAAUUUGAUAUUUUGAUCUACAUUAAGGAAGGCGAUCCUCUUUGUUGGAGGGGAAACAUGAUGGAGGGAGACAAUGGCACAGAAGGGUUCUAUUUUCUCAGCGACACGCACCUCACACACCUGGCCGACAUCCCCAGCAAGGAGUACUUCGUCUACGAUCCAGUGUCGUCAGCAUGGAUCACUGCGAGCAUAGAUGGACUUGAGGCCUUUAACACAAUGGGCUUCUUAAUUUAUCGCUGGAAGGACAUUCAUUCUGACGAGUGCGAUGGUAUUGUCGACUACAUACGCCAAUUACACGAGACACUGGAGAACACCGAAUACGAAGGUGAAGAUUUGCAAAGGGAAGGACAGGAUUUUGACGAUGUUAGCUCUCAGUACAGUUCCCUUAGUGAAGUAGCAAACACAUUAGUUACCCGCGAUUGA